CGCGCGGCAGAGACAAGAACACAGUCCAGAUUCAGAUUAUCAUGCGGAGACGGUCAUACACGCACUAGGUGUUAAAAUAUUGUAACAAUUAAAAAAAGAAGAGAAAAAAAGAAACAAAUUUGCUGACAGGUGUUUAGCUACAUUAAAUCAUUCGCAAGUCCUCAGUUGUUCUGCUUGACUGACAAAAGAUGCUCACAGACAUUAUAGAAGAGGAAUUUGAUAUCAAAGAGGAAGAGCCAUGGUACGACCAUCAAGAUCUGGAACACGAUCUUCAUUUGGCUGCUGAAUUGGGUAAAAAUUUACUGGAGCAGAACAGAGACUUGGAAGAGACGCUCCAACAAAUGUACAUUACCAACCAGGAACACAUACAGGAGAUAGAGUAUCUUUCUAAGCAGGUGGAUUUGCUGAGGUCAGUGAACGAUCAGCAUGCUAAAGUCUACGAGCAGCUGGAUUCAGCCGCGCAAGAACUGGAGCUGAAAAACCAAAGACUGGUGCUGGAGAACAGAGCGGCUCAGACGAAGAUUGAAGGACUCACAGAGACGGUUGAAGGGCUGCAGACUCAGGUGGAGGAGCUCCAGAGAGACUUACAGAAGCUGAAGCUGGUUUCUGCUGAACAGACCAGGUCCAGUGGUUGCGAUAGUGUUCAGAGUCUCACAUGCUGCAAGGAGAACUGUCGCUUACACAAGUACAUUUCCCAUGAGCGCCCUAUUUCCACCAGCCGCUCGUCUCUGAAGAGCGAGGAACAGGACGAGUACUGGGAGCUCAAGCGCUCGGUUGAUUCCCUGCAGAUGCAGUUGAGCACAGAGCGCGCUCAGAGAGAGGCGGCCGAGCAGGAAGCUGACGCUCUGGCGCAUGAACUCAGCCAGCUGGAGCCCAAAGCGACGCUGCUGGGAGUCUACAAGGAGCGCCUGGCCGAGAUGGAGGCUGAAGUUCAGGAGCUCCGCCUACUUUUGCGCUCAAGCAAAGACAACGUGUUCCUCCCAUUGGAUGAUGAAGUGGGCGGGGCCAGGCACAAGGGGCGGAGCCUGCAACGCUGCAGCAGCGAGAGGCAGUUGCUUAGUGACGAGCAGCCAGAAAUGAAGCAUCAUGGUAUCUCGCUGCUGAAUGAGGUGGAUGCUCAAUACACCGCCCUGCAGGAGAAAUACGACACGCUGCUGCGCCGCUGCCAGGGCGGGAUGUUGUCAGAGAACCAAAAAACUGCCCAAACGCACACACUCUCGCAGGGUGUAAACACACAGAAUGAUUCCCAGCAGCCCGAGUACAAAGCUCUGUUUCAGGAGAUUUUCACCUUUAUCCAAAAGAGCAAAAAGGACCUGAAGGAGAACAGGAGCAAGUCAGGUCAGGCUGAAUGAGGCACUGAUCUGCAUCUAUAGUAUAAAGAACUAGUAUAAACCCCUUAAAGAUAUGAUUCCACACAUUUAUGCCAGGUAGCAUUUGCUUUUAUUGCAACUUUUAUUAUCUGGUUAGUGUAUAUAAAGCACUUUUGUAAAUAUUUCUCAAUGUUACUGUAAAACAAAAAGCUGUAAACUUAAACAUACUGUAACUAAUUUCUGAAUCUUUGUGUAUUUAUAGUGGGGUGAAUCUCACAAAAACACUUUCAGGUUAUAUAUUACUACAUAAUCAGUAGAAAAAGAUGAUAUUAGCUUAAAUACAAUUAAAAUAAAAUAAAAAUGCAAUAAAAAUACAAUAAAGUCUUUUUUGCCAAUUUAAAAAAAAACACUUUUACUAUUUAAAUAUAUCAUUUGUCUGCAUCAUAGUAAUGUGAAAGAGUGAAAUGUGCUUAUUUGCCUUGAAAAUAAUGAAACGCAAUAAUCAUAAUGAUACAAAAAGAGUCUUUAUUUAAUAUUUUCUUUUGAAAAUUGAGAUUUACUAGACUUGCUGUAUCCUGUCGGUCAUACGCUACCCGCAGUUUAUGAACAGUAAGAUUUUAAAUGUUUCGUUCACCAAGCCUGCAUUUAUUUGAUCCAAAGAACAACAAAAACUGUACAAAUUUUGAAAUAUUUUCACUGUUUAAAAUAACUGCUUUCUAUUUGAAUAUAUUUAAAAAUGUAAUUUAUUCCUGUGAUCAAAGCUGAAUUUUCAGCAUCAUUACUUCACACUUCAGUGUCACAUGAUCCUUCAGAAAUCAUUAUAUGCUGAUUUGCUGCUCAAGAAACAUUUUUUAUUAUUAUCAAUAUUUAAAACAGAUUUUUUUGGUGAACAAAAAGGUCCAAAGAUCAGUAUUUAUCUAAAAUAAAAAGUUUUUGUUACAUUAUACACUAUACCAUUUAAAAGCUUGGAGUCAGUAUAAUUUUUUUGGGAAAGAAAUUAUAGUUUGUUUAGCAAGGAUGCUUUAAAUUGAUCAAAAGUGAUGAUAAAGACAUUUUUAUUGUUACAAAAGAUUUGAGAUAAAUGCUGUUCUUCUGAACUUUCUAUUCAUCAAAGAAACCCGAAAAAAUGUACUGUUUUCAACAUAAUAAUAAUAAUAAUAAAUGUUUUUGAGCAGCAAAUCAGAAUAUAAGAAUGAUUUCUAAAGGAUCAUGUGACUGGAGUAAUGAUGCUAAAAAUUCAGCUUUGAAAUCACAGGAAUAAAUUACAUUUUAAAAUAUAUUCAAGUAGAAAACAGUUAUUUAAAUAGUACAAAUAUUUCAAUUUUUUUUUGCUGCAUCAAAUAAAUGCAGGCUUGGUGAGCAGAAGAGACUUAUUUAAAAAACAAAAAAAUCUUAUGUUCAAAAUCUUUUGACUGAAAGUGUAUCCAUUUAGUCAUUAACUGAUCUGUGCAUUUGUUGCAUCUGUUAAGGGAAAUACAUAAUCUUGAAGAUGUCAAACAGUUACUUGAAUAUUUUACUUUGUGACACUAGUAGUUCUUGUGUUUCAUUCUUCACCUUGUUGCCAGGUCAUAUUAGUACUGUUCAUUCACAACAGGGCAAGUGUCUGUAAUCGUGUGUUUGCAUGUGAACUUUCACCUGCAUCAGUGCAAUGAAAAGCCCUAAUUUAUUCUGCAUAGAAAUGAACUUUCAACCCAGACUUCUGUACAUCAGAGAACAUUGUCUUCUGUUCCAAAGGAGAGGCUGCUUCUAAUCAAAGCUGUUGAUAAGAUUUGAGUGACAUCGCAGCAUUAGGUAAUGUAUUUAUCAGGCUGAUAUGUGCCGUCUCUUAUCUUCAAUGCAGAAGCACUGCACGUUAGACAUUAUACCUGACAUCACACUUGUUUGCAUUUAAAAUUACAAAGGUAUAUUGUUAUCUCCCUUAGACACUGGAUAGGACAUACAGUGUGAAAGAAGAGUUAUUUUGAGUUAAAAAAAAAAAAACAUUUCUAGCAUAUUGAGAGAAAUAUGAAGCACUUUAAUGUAAUCGGUAAUUAAUGAUUAUGUAUAUGUAAAUUAUUAACCUUAAAAACAAAGUGUAUGACCCUUGUUCUCUAUUGUUGUUUCCCCCUGUAUACUAUCAAAACAUUUUCAUGAUAAAAAAUUAAGCAUAACAUGAUCAUUAAACAUUCUAGUAGAUUUUCUGCAGUUAACAGAGUAUUAAUGUUUAUCAC